AUGGCUGCCAGAGCCUCGUCCCUCUCGGAGGCCCUCACCAGCGGGUUCCUGACCUGCCCCGUCUGCCUGGAGCGCCUUCGGCAGCCCAGGAUCCUCCCCUGCCUCCACACCUACUGCCACGAUUGCCUGCAGCGGCUGGCGGGCGGGCAGGAGGAGCUGCAGUGCCCCGAGUGCCGAGAGCGGGUCCCCCUUCCAGCUGGUGUCGGCGGCCUCAAGACCAACUUCUUCAUCAACGGCCUCCUCGACCUUGUCCACCCUGCAGGGAGGACAGAUGCCACGUGCAGUCUUUGCCCGCUGCUCAGCCAAGAUGCCAGCCAGUGCGCUGUGUCACGAUGCUUGGACUGUGCCGACAACUUGUGCCAGGCUUGUGCCAGUGGGCACCGCUGCUCCCGGCUCACCCACGCCCACUUCAUCGUUGACAUGGAGGGCUACCUGUCCGGAGACUACGAUGAGGAGAUCCGGAAGCGGCAGGCCUCUUGCUGCCAGGAGCACCACGGGGAAGCCUUGCGCUUUUUCUGCACCCCCUGUGCCACCCCCCUGUGCCGGGAGUGCCGCCUGGGGCCCCACCUGGAGCACCCCUGCCUGUCACUGCCGGAUGCAGCCGAGGCACGCAGCCCCGCCAUCGUGGGCCUCCUGACUGGGGUGGAGGAGAAGGUGAGCCUCAUUGCCGAGGCCCGGGCCGUCCUGGAGGAGCAGAUGGGGCGCCUGAAGGCUCGUGAUGACAGCGUCCGAGGCGCCGUGGAGCAGGUGUGCAGCCAGGCCGUGGAGCAGCUGCUUGCCCUGCAGGGGGAGGUCCUGGGCCAGCUCUCCGGCUUUGUGGAGGAGAGGAAGAAGGCCGCCGAAGGGCUGCUGUCGGAGUUGGAGUUCCAAGAGCAGCUGGCCUGCAGCACCGUGGCCUUUGCCCGCCAGGUGCUCCGCCUGGGCCGGGCGGUCGAGAUUGUCUCCUUGGAGCAGAUGAUCUCGGAGAGGCUGAGGCAGCUGCAGAGUUUCUCGUGGGAGCCCCUCGCCUUCCAGCUGCCGCAUCUGGCAACCCACCCGGAUCUUCAGAGCAUCCACCGCUUGUUCCACCUGGAAUUCCAAGAGGAGGGGUCCGUGGGGGUCCCCAAGUGUGAAGAGGAGAACACAACAAAAGGGGCAAAGAAGAAGAGGAGGAAGCAGCAGCAGCAGCAGCCCACCAACGAUGAGACGGAGAAGGUGCUGGGCCAAGAGAAGCCAAGUGCCCCUGCAGAGCCCCCCAGCCUGCUUUCCACGAGGCCAGAAGCCCCCCAACUCAUCCCCAAGGCUCUCUUCUCAAGCAGCUUCUGGGUGAAGAUCCCCAGCGACAAAAAACGCCCACAGGUGACAGGCAUCUGUCCCUUUGGCUCGGGCGAGCUCCUUUUGGCUGACGCACAGAACCAGAAGCUGAAGAGGUUCUCGCUGCAGGGUGAGUUCAAAGGCAUCGUCUCCGUGCCGAGCGGCGUGGCGCCCUUCAGCGUGGCCACUGUGGGCAGCAAAGUGGCUUUCACUGCCGGCUCUCGGCUCUUCCUCUUGAGUGGUGAGGGGGGCCUUGUGUGGCAAAAGGCACUUCCGCUGGGUCAAGCUAGCCAUGCCAUGACCUCAGUCGGGGGCAGUCGUGUGGCAGUGAGCGUGGCGGGGCACCUCGAAGUGUACGACCUGGAGGGGCGGCUGGUGGAGAAGGUGGUACCCGAGGGCAGCGAGGAGCGGUCCCUGGUCUUCCUGGCCAGCCGCAAGGGGGGCUUCGCGGCCUCUGACUGGUACCGGCGCAGGCUGGUGCUCUUCAGCAGCGAAGGGCGGCUGGAAGCCGAGUGCCGAGAGGAAGAGCUGGACAAGUGCCAGCCAGGGGCCAUCUGGGUUGAUGCCACGGGGAUCGUCUACGUGGUGCUGCGGGAACAGAACAGGGUCGUGGCCUUCUCACGGGCUGGCGAGCCGCUCGGCCCGUUCCUCACUGCUGAGAACAGCAUUGACCGGCCCCGGGUGGUCACCGUGACUGGGGACGGGCGCUUUGCGGUGGCCCUGAGUAACGGAACCGUUCAUAUUUUCAAGAUCAGAUAUGAAAGCAAGUGA